GCAUUUAUGUCAUCUCUAAAAAAAGAUAAAAAAGAUUGGUUUGAAUCCUCUAUAAAUGACGGAUCCCUUAAAGUCUUUGAAUAUGAUUCUUUUGAGAAUAAAAAAAUUAUUCCCACAAGUGGAGCUAGCCCCGUAUAUAGUGCUGAUUUAAAAUAUGAAGUUACAACAAAGGCUGUAGCUUUAAAAACAUAUAAUAGUAAUGUCUCUAAUGAUGUUGAAAACCCAUUUGAUGGAUUCAUUAGAGAAGUUAGAACUAAUUAUAAGAUCGGUUAUCAUAAAAAUAUUAUACAGUUCUUAGGAAUCACUCGAGACCUUCAAUGUUAUUUAAAUAACAAUUUUCAUAACUUGGAUUGGUUAGCUAAAGUUAAAAUGGCAAAAGACAUUGCUAGUGGGAUUGAGCACUUGCAUCGUAAAGAUAUUGUUCAUCGCGAUCUUCAUGAUAAGAACAUAUUGGUGAAUUCAGAUGGUAGAUUGAUGAUUACUGAUUUUGGGUUAUCGAAGCAGUUAGGAGAUGAUACGUCUCCUAUAAGUGCGGGAC